AGGGGAGGAGCCUAAUGUCGCGGGCGCGGGAGCGCCGGAAAUAGUGCUCGUGGUGGAUGGCCUUCUUCCUUUGGUUCCUGAUGGAUUUGCUUUUAAUUUAGAAAGACACCCGUGACCUGUUCCUCACCUGUGCUUCGCCUUCAGACUUCCGAGAUGUCUGCGAUUCCUGCAGAGGAGAGUGACCAGCUGCUGAUCCGACCCCUCAGUGUCAAGUGUCAAGCACCACACUAGGCACUGGGGAUACACAUAAGGCAGAGGGCCAAGUUAACUGAAGUCACCCCUUUGGAGAGAAUUGCUGUGCAAAAUGAAAAGUGGAGCUGGGCAAGAAGUUGGAAGAUCAUGUAUUAUUCUGGAGUUCAAAGGAAGAAAAAUAAUGUUGGACUGUGGGAUCCACCCUGGCCUGGAAGGAAUGGAUGCUCUUCCUUACAUUGAUUUAAUUGACCCAGCUGAAAUUGAUCUUUUACUAAUUAGUCAUUUCCAUUUGGAUCACUGUGGAGCUUUGCCCUGGUUCCUCCAGAAGACAAGUUUCAAAGGAAGAACGUUCAUGACUCAUGCCACAAAAGCUAUUUAUAGAUGGCUUCUUUCAGAUUAUGUCAAAGUUAGUAAUAUAUCAGCGGAUGACAUGCUAUAUACUGAGACAGAUUUGGAAGAGAGCAUGGACAAAAUUGAAACCAUCAAUUUCCAUGAAGUUAAGGAAGUUGCAGGAAUCAAGUUCUGGUGUUACCACGCGGGCCACGUUCUAGGAGCUGCCAUGUUCAUGAUCGAGAUCGCAGGCGUGAAGCUUUUGUAUACAGGUGAUUUCUCAAGACAAGAAGAUAGACACUUAAUGGCAGCUGAAAUUCCUAAUAUUAAACCUGAUAUUCUUAUCAUUGAGUCAACCUAUGGGACCCACAUCCAUGAGAAGCGUGAGGAGCGAGAAGCGAGAUUCUGUAACACGGUUCACGAUAUUGUAAACAGAGGGGGCAGAGGCCUCAUUCCCGUCUUUGCUCUUGGAAGGGCUCAGGAGCUGCUCUUGAUCUUAGAUGAGUACUGGCAGAAUCACCCAGAACUCCAUGAUAUUCCGAUAUACUAUGCAUCAUCUUUGGCCAAGAAGUGUAUGGCAGUGUACCAGACAUAUGUAAAUGCCAUGAAUGACAAAAUCCGCAAACAGAUCAACAUCAAUAAUCCCUUUGUUUUCAAACAUAUAAGUAACCUCAAGAGCAUGGAUCAUUUUGAUGACAUUGGUCCCAGUGUCGUAAUGGCCUCCCCAGGCAUGAUGCAAAGUGGCUUAUCCAGAGAGCUCUUUGAAAGCUGGUGUACUGACAAGAGGAAUGGUGUCAUUAUAGCAGGGUACUGUGUAGAAGGGACACUUGCCAAGCAUAUCAUGUCUGAACCCGAAGAAAUCACUACCAUGUCUGGACAGAAGUUACCACUGAAAAUGUCCGUUGAUUACAUUUCUUUCUCUGCUCACACAGAUUACCAGCAAACCAGUGAAUUUAUUCGUGCUUUGAAACCGCCUCAUGUGAUUUUAGUCCAUGGAGAACAGAAUGAAAUGGCCAGAUUGAAAGCAGCCCUGAUUCGAGAAUAUGAAGAUAAUGAUGAAGUUCACAUAGAGGUUCACAAUCCUCGGAAUACAGAAGCAGUGACCUUGAACUUCAGAGGAGAAAAAUUAGCCAAGGUCAUGGGCUUUUUAGCAGACAAAAAACCAGAACAAGGCCAGCGGGUCUCAGGAAUACUCGUUAAAAGAAACUUUAACUAUCACAUCCUUUCUCCUUGUGACCUCUCCAAUUAUACUGACUUGGCCAUGAGCACUGUAAAACAAACCCAAGCCAUUCCAUAUACAGGUCCUUUUAAUUUGCUCUAUUACCAGCUACAGAAAUUGACAGGUGAUGUAGAAGAAUUAGAAAUUCAAGAAAAACCUGCUUUGAAAGUGUUCAAAAAUAUUACUGUAAUACAGGAACCAGGAAUGGUGGUACUAGAAUGGUUGGCAAACCCUUCCAACGACAUGUACGCAGAUACCGUAACAACCGUGAUACUAGAAGUCCAGUCAAACCCGAAAAUAAGGAAAGGUGCAGUACAGAAGGUCUCUAAAAAAUUAGAAAUGCACGUUUAUAGCAAGAGGUUAGAGAUCAUGCUGCAGGACAUAUUUGGAGAAGACUGUGUAAGUGUAAAAGAUGAUUCUAGUCUUAGUGUCACAGUGGAUGGGAAAACCGCCAACAUAAACUUGGAGACACGGGCUGUCGAGUGUGAGGAAGGAAGUGAAGAUGACGAAUCUCUCCGGGAAAUGGUGGAGCUGGCUGCGCAGAGACUGUACGAGGCCCUCACGCCAGCCCGCUGAGGACCUUGCGUCUGUGCGCUGAAACUUUUAUAAUGCAUGACUUUACUUCUGUGACUUAAAAUAAAAUAAUUAGUUUCUCCGGG